GAUGAUUGAGCUGCUGACUGGAGAGGUUCCUAUAAGGUGUCAGGAUGUCACUGUCUAUUUCUCCAUGGAGGAGUGGGAGUUUUUGGAAGGACACAAAGAUCUGUACAAGGACGUCAUGAUGGAGCAUCACGAGCUGCUUACAACACCAGAUGACUGUACCAGAAUCUCAGAAGGAUAUGUGACAUCUUCAGAUUUUAAAACAGAGGAUUAUGCUAUUACACAAAAUACAAGUGAAGAACAUGCCAUAAUCCCAGAUGUAACAUUAGGUCUUCUCAGCAAAGAUUUGUCAUGUGAUUUUUUUCAAUAUGUCCAAUCUUCUGAUUUAUCACAGACUGCAAAGGAACAGAAAAGCCACAAAAUGGGUGUUGAACAUCAAACAGAAGAGAAGCCAUUUUCAUGUUUGGAAUGUGGAAAAUGUUUUAAACAUAAAUCUGCUCUUGUUAUACAUCAGAGAAUUCACACAGGGGAGAAGCCAUAUUCAUGUCCAGAAUGUGGGAAAUGUUUUACAGAUAAAUCACAUCUUCUUAGACAUAAGAGGAGUCACACUGGGUCGAAACCAUUUUCAUGUACAGAAUGUGGGAAAUAUUUUAACCAGAAAUCAGAUCUAGUUAGGCAUAAGAAAACUCACACAGGGGAGAAACCAUUUUCGUGUCCAGAAUGUGGGAAAUGUUUUACUCACAAAUCAACCCUUGUUUACCAUCAAAGAACUCACAGAGGGGAAAAACCAUUUUCAUGUUCAGAAUGUGGAAAAUCUUUUACUUGUAAAUCAAAUCUUCUUAAUCAUCAUAAAAACCAUACAGGGGAGAAGCCAUAUUCAUGUUCAGAAUGUGGGAAAUGUUUUACAGAUAAAUCACAUCUUCUUAGACAUGAGAGUAGUCACACAGGGGAGAAGCCAUAUUCAUGUCCAGAGUGUGGGAAAUAUUUUAGCCAGAAAUCAGAUCUUGUUAGACAUCAAAUAACACACACAGGGAAAAAGCCAUUUUCAUGUUCAGAGUGUGGAAAAUGUUUUACAGAAAAAUCUAAUCUUAUUAUACAUCAGAGAAUUCACACAGGGGAGAAGCUAUUUUCCUGCCCAGAAUGUGAGAAAUGCUUUACUCGUAAAUCAUAUCUUGAAAAGCAUUUAAAAAUUCACACAGGAGAGAAGCCAUAUUCAUGCUCAGAAUGUGGGAAAUGUUUUACAGAUAAGUCGAAUCUUGUUAUUCAUAAAAGAAGUCACACAGGAGAGAAACCGUAUUCAUGUACAGAGUGUGGAAAAUAUUUUAUCCAGAAAUCUGAUCUUGUUAGACAUCAGGUAACUCACACGGGGGAGAAGCCUUUUUCGUGUUCAGAAUGUGGGAAAUGUUUUACUCAGAAGUCAACCCUUGCUUGUCAUCGAAGAACUCACACUGGAGAGAAGAGACUUUCUUGUUCAGAAUGUGGAAAAAGUUUCACAGAUAAAUCAUAUCUUGUUAUACAUCAGAGAAUUCACACAGGGGAGAAGCCAUUUUCUUGUCCAGAAUGUGGAAAGUGUUUUACAGAUAAAUCAAAUCUUGUUACACAUCAGAGAAUUCACACAGGGGAGAAGCCAUAUUCAUGCUCGGAAUGUGCAAAAUGCUUUACAGAUAAAUCAUAUCUUGCUACACAUCAGAGAAUUCACACAGGGGAGAAGCCAUAUUUAUGCUCAGAAUGUGGGAAAUGUUUUACUGAUAAAUCAAAUCUUGUUAAACAUCAGAGGGGUCAUAAAGGGGAGAAAUUCCUGAACUCAGGAUCUCUGCACAUGAGCAUCCCAAUAAAGGAGAGAGACAUCGGUGGUGAUGAUAACUGGGUAGAGAUUUGGAAGUAUUUCCCUCUGGAUCUGCACAGUGGAUAUCUUCUAUAUAAGAUCCUUCUCCUGAUUGACGCAUCAAGAAUGGAUAGGGACAGAGACAAGAUGGCAGAGAGUAUAAUAAAUCUCACCCUAGAGAUCCUCUUCCGGCUUACUGGAGAGGACUACACAGUAGUGAAGAAGACAUCUGGUGAGCUCUGUCAGGCCCCUGUGUCUGAAGGAUGCAGAAGAACCCUGAGCCCAAUCACAGGGCCUCCACCUCACCCCCUGAUACACGAGGAAAUCAAUAUAGAGAAGAUCCUGGAACUCACUAACAAGAUGAUUGAGCUGCUGACUGGAGAGGUUCCUAUAAGGUUUCAGGAUAUCACCGUCUAUUUCUCCAUGGAGGAGUGGGAGUUUUUGGAAGGACACAAAGAUCUGUACAAGGACGUCAUCAUGGAGGAUCAUCAGCUGCUUACAUCACCAGAUGACUGUACAAGAAUCUCAGAAGGACAUGUGACAUCUUCAGAUUUUAAAACAGAGGAUUAUUCUGUCACACAAAAUACAAGUGAAGAACAUGCCAUAAUCCCAGAUGUACCCUCAGGUCUUCUCAGCAAAAAUUCAUCAUGUGAUUCUUUUAAAUAUGUCCAAUCCUCUGAUUUAUCACAGACUGCAAAGGAACAAAAAGGCCACAAAAUCGGUGUUGAACAUCAAACAGAGGAGAAGCCGUUUUCAUGUUUGGAAUGUGGAUUUUUUUUUAAACAUAAAUCUUCUCUCCUUAUACAUCAGAGAAUGCACACAGGGGAGAAGCCAUAUUCAUGUCCAGAAUGUGGGAAAUGUUUUACAGAUAAAUCACAUCUUCUUAGACACGAGAGGAGUCACACUGGGUCAAAACCAUUUUCAUGUACAGAAUGUGGGAAAUAUUUUAACCAGAAAUCAGAUCUAGUUAGGCAUAAGAAAACUCACACAGGGGAGAAACCAUUUUCGUGUCCGGAAUGUGGCAAAUGUUUUACUCACAAAUCAACACUUGUUUACCAUCAAAGAACUCACAGAGGGGAGAAACCAUUUUCAUGUUCAGAAUGUGGAAAAUCUUUUAGUUGUAAAACAAAUCUUCUUAAUCAUCAUAAAAAUCAUACAGGGGAGAAGCCAUAUUCAUGUUCAGAAUGUGGGAAAUGUUUUACAGAUAAGUCGUAUCUUGUUAUACAUAAAAGAAGUCACACAGGAGAGAAACCAUAUUUAUGUACAGAGUGUGGAAAAUAUUUUAUCCAGAAAUCUGAUCUUGUUAGACAUCAAGUAACUCACACAGGGGAGAAGCCUUUUUCGUGUUCAGAAUGUGGUAAAUGUUUUACUCAGAAGUCAACCCUUGUUUGUCAUGAAAGAACUCACAUUGGAGAUAAGAAACUUUCUUGUUCAGAAUGUGGAAAAAGUUUCACACAUAAACCAUAUCUUGUUAUACAUCAGAGAAUUCAUACAGGGGAGAAGCCAUUUUCUUGUCCAGAAUGUGGAAAGUGUUUUAUAGUGAAAACAAGUCUUGUUAAACAUCAGAGAAUUCACACAGGAGAGAAGCUGUUUUCUUGUCCAGAAUGUGGAAAAUGUUUUACAGAAAAAUCACAUCUUGUUACACAUCAGAGAAUUCACACAGGGGAGAAGCCAUAUUUAUGCUCAGAAUGUGGGAAAUGUUUUACUGAUAAAUCAAAUCUUGUUAAACAUCUGAGAAGUCAUAAAGGGGAGAAACCUUUUUGAGGUAAUGUAUGUGGAAAGUGUUUUUAACCAAAGUCGCUCUUAUUGCACAUCAAAGAUAAAUUGUCCAAAAGGAAGGAAAUGUUUCAGAGACAAAUCACAUUUUUAAAACUCAGGAAAGUCAUCUUUUUUUAGCUCUUUUUAUUGAUGAAUAGUACACAGAAAAAAUUCAAACAUAAAGUAAAGGUAAAUGUAAUUCAAACAAAGGGAAGGCAAUUUACAGCACUAUGUGAUGAUUUAGGGUACGUUGACAUCACCGGUAACUUGAUCUGGCAGGCUGCUCCGGCAGAAACAGAGUUCACCAGACCUGGCAUUGCCCGAUGCUGUUGUUCACUGCUGGAUCCCAUAGACUAUAAUGGCAUCUAGUCAGGAUCUGCUUUAGCUUUAGCCAUAAGUGCCAGGUGGACAAAAAACAUUACAUGCAACAUUUUUUUGCCAGCUGGAUCCCAUUAUAGUCUAUGGGGUUCGGCAGUGAGCAUCAGUAUCUGGAAAUGCCGGAUCCAGAAUCAUUCCAUCUGAGUUGAUCAGAUCUGGCAGUCCCCAAUGCUGUUGUUCACCACCAAACCCCAUAGACUAUAAUGGCAUCUGGUGAGGAUCUGCUUUAGCUUUAGCCAUGGGUGCCAGGUUUAAGGUGGAUAAAAACCACUGCGUGCAACAUUUUUUUGCCGGCUGUAUCCCAUUAUAGUCUAUUGGGUCCGGAAGCGAGCAUCAGUAUCUGUAAAUGCCAGAUCCUGAGAACUUCAGCAGGCUGUUCUCUACUGGAUCAGGUUACUGAUGAUGUGAAUGUAGCCAAAGAAAUGUCGGCAAUUAUAACUAAACCUCUGUUAUCAAUAAAACUAAUAGACUCCAGAUAACGCAGCUGUAGAUCCAACAUGUGCAUAGAAUAUUUCACAUUAAGAUAUAUAACAGCAUCUUAAGACUUGUUACUCGUUAAUAAAUAUUUGA